UUCCGCUGCAAGCAUAAGAUUGCUCACUUGCCGCACUCGAGUCGUCUCUGCUCCAAAUCUUCAAGUAAGUUCCUCUACAAGGGUAAAGGAAUUUCGCACAUCUUUCUUUGGUUUGUGCUAAGUAGCAGCUGCAAGGAUGGGUCGUGUUCGCACCAAGACUGUGAAGAAGUCAUCUAGACAGGUAAUUGAGAAGUACUACUCAAAAAUGACCUUGGAUUUCCACACCAACAAGAAGAUCUUGGAGGAAGUUGCCAUAAUUCCUUCAAAGCGUCUCCGCAACAAGAUUGCUGGGUUCUCCACCCACCUUAUGAAGCGCAUUCAGAAGGGACCUGUUAGAGGCAUCUCCCUGAAAUUGCAAGAGGAGGAGCGUGAGAGGCGUAUGGACUUUGUUCCCGAUGAGUCUGCCAUUAAGACUGAUUUGAUUGAGGUCGACAAGGAGACCCUUGACAUGCUUUCAGCUCUUGGCAUGUCUGACCUUCCUGGUGUUGUCAAGCAGGCUGCAGAACCACAGGCAGUGGCAGCCCUCCCAACCUACGGUCGUGGUGCUGGUGGUUUUGGCGGCAGGAAAUACUAAGAACAGAUUUUAAGACAUCAUGAACAAAUCUAAGCCGAAACUUUUUGGUAGGUUUCAAUCUCAAAAAAAAAACUGAAACUUUUGGUAGAUUACAUGUGUUAGCUCUCCCUAUUUUGUUCAAGGAUUAUUUGAAGCCAAGCUCAUUUUGUUUAUGUUUUGAGAGAUGAUAAACUCACUGUUCUUGAAUAUUGGUUCUAAAUGCAUGUGAUUUAUUUUCCUUAAUUACAUUUGGGGAUUGUUACAUGG